GAUGGGUUCCACAGAAGACCUUGAGUAUCCUCAAAUCAUCAUGCAAUACAGCAAUGGAUUUUUAGUGUCAAAGGUUAUGUUCACUGCCUGUGAGUUGGGGGUGUUUGAUCUUCUUCUGGAGUCAGGAAAGCCUCUGUCUUCAGAUGCCAUUGCUGCACAUCUGGGAGCCAGCACCAUGGGCAUGAAAAGACUGCUGGAUGCCUGUGUGGGAUUGAAGCUCUUGGCAAUAGAGAUGACACAAGAAGGAGCCCUCUACAGAAACGCAGAAAUUUCCAAUGUCUACCUUACAAAAUCAAGUCCAAAGUCUCAGUAUCACAUUAUGAUGUAUUAUUCCAACACAGUCUACUUGUGCUGGCAGUACCUGGCUGAUGCUGUGAGAGAAGGAAGAAACCAAUAUGAAAGAGCUUUUGGCGUUUCAUCUAAAGACCCUUUUGGAGCAAUGUACAGAUCAGAUGAAGAAAUGCUAAAAUUCAUGGCUGGCCAGAACUCAGUAUGGACCAUAUGUGGCAGAGAUGUUCUUGCUGCAUUUGACCUUUCCCCUUUCACACAGAUCUAUGACUUGGGAGGAGGUGGAGGAGCUUUGGCCCAAGAGUGUGUUUCUUUGUAUCCAAAUUCUACGGUCACAAUUUAUGACCUACCCAAAGUUGUACGAGUGGCCAAAGAACAAUUUGUUUCCCCCGAGGAGCGUCAGAUCACUUUCCAUGAAGGAGACUUCUUUAAUGAUUCAAUACCUGAAGCUGAACUGUAUAUUUUAUCCAAGAUACUGCAUGAUUGGGAUGAUGACAAAUGCAAACAACUGCUGGCAAAAGUCUACAAAGCUUGCAAACCUGGUGGUGGAGUGCUGCUGGUUGAAUCGCUUCUGAACGAAGAUAAAAGUGGGCCUGUGGAAACCCAACUGUAUUCAAUGAACAUGUUGGUCCAGACAGAAGGGAAAGAGCGAACAGCUUCAGAGUACAGCAAGCUCCUGGAGGCAGCUGGCUUUGGAAUGAUUCAAGUCAAGAGGACUGGAAAACUCUAUGAUGCUGUUUUAGGAAGGAAAGAGUAG